AUGUUUCGAUCCAUACGACAGUCAGCCAGCUUAAUUUUACUAGCAGUAUUAUUUGUUAUUGGAAUGUACCUGUAUUUUUAUAGUUAUAUACAAACUGAAAGUGAUGUAUCCAGACAUAAACGAUGCAUAUCUGAGUUAGAUUCAUUGAAAUAUCAAUUGAAUGUUGUUACAGAAUAUAAGAACCGAUUGGAUUCUCUUCUGAGUGAAAUGCAGAAAAAAUAUGAUGCAGAAAGGGAACGGUUCAAGGAAAUUAUGGACAGCUGCCUCGCAAUGAAACAACAAACUGCUAUUUGUCAGAGUCAAUUUGAAGAUCUACAAGUUGAGUGUAAAAAUGUAAAAGAGGAAUCGGUAAAGUUAAAAAAGGAAAUGGUGAAGUUGAAACCAGCUAGAUAG